AUGUCCAAAGCUCUAGCUAAAGCUGGAUCGCUCAGUCCCGAAAUUCGCCUCGCUCAAGCUGUCUCUGAAUUUGAAGCCGACCUGUCAAGCGAACAAAAGUCCGCAUUUCGUACCCUGAAGUCGCAGACGCUUUUGGCGACACCCACACCAAGCGAUGUCAUGCGACUGACCGCCGAGAUUGACCGCCGCAUGUCCAACAAAUUUAGCAAUCGAUGCUUCGGUCCGCGCUUUACCAAUUUUCUCCAAGCUGUUCAGCAGUUCGCUGCGCUUGGGGAUAUCGUGGUUGGAAGCUCACAGAACCCGAUCGCGUGUGGCGUGUGGUCAUUGGUACGCAUGUCGAUAUUGUCGUUUGUGAGCGUGUCAAACCACGUAGAGAAGCUAUCAUCGAUAUUCAUGGACCUUGGUCGCUCUUGUCCACGCCAUCAGGAAAUUGCUGUGCUCUACCCACUCUCUAAAAAGCUACAGGUCUACAUCCUCGAAUAUUUCAUCGUGGUCGUUGCUCUGUGUCAUUACUUGCUCAGGUUUGGCCAAAAGUCCGCUCUCCAGCAGUUCACAUCAUCAUUGAGUGGAGGAGAAUUGAAAACGUUUCAAUAUGACCUCGAGAAAUGGGCACACUCGAUCGAAAAAGAGAUGCAAGUCAGUGAAUUUCAACAAAGCUCUGGGUUUAGAGCAUUAUCCCGAUCAAUGUUCGACUCCACAUUGUACCAACGAAAACUUGCGGCAAGAAAGCAGGUGCUCGACCUCUGCUCCAUGUACGAUUACGAAACAGUUUGGAAGCAGACAAGGAAGGUCGGGAAUACAUCGCUCUUUACACGUUUCGACGAAUAUAGAGAGUGGAGGGAUAGCUUACAAACUUGCACCAUAGUAUUCACUGGCAAGUUAGGGUCGGGAAAGUCCGUGUUGCUAGCCAACAUCGUGGACGAUCUCAGCCUCUCUACCGAAAGAGAUAGACCCUUGGUAGCAUACUUCUUCUGCAGACACGAUCUACCCGAGAGUCUGCAAGCACGCACCAUUCUUGGCUCACUAGUGCGACAAAUGCUGCGGAGUAUUGCUGACUUCGACAAACUUUCAGAUGUAUGCCAAGAUAGACAUACCACCGAAGACGUUGACAAGAUACUAGAGAUAGUUCUCCAGGCUUAUCCCCCUACCUAUAAAACAUUUCUCGUAGUAGAUGGACUGGACGAGUGCAGCGAAGGAGAAAUAGCGACGCUGGUACAAGCGGUGAGGGCCAUCCAAGCAAAGCUAAAGGUCUUCAUUUGUGCGUCUUUCCGGGUAGAGCCAAACAAGGGUCUACAGUCGAUGACACGUCGCCUCCUGGAUGCCCGCAUAGUUCAGUUACCCGAAAGCAACCCAGACAUCGAGACCUUCAUCGAAGCAGAGCUCUAUCGUUGUCUGGACGAAGAUCUUCUAAACAUCAGAGAUUCUACACUGAUAUUGGACAUCCAAGAGUCGCUCCUUCAGCGCUCCCAAGGCAUGUUCCUUUGGGCGGCUCUUCAGAUCCAGUCUUUGUGUAGAGCCUCGGAUCCGUCGCUCCAAGCAAAGAUACUGGAGGUCGUAUUGGCAGCUUGCCGACCUCUGACAACUGAGGAGUUGAGAGAAGCCUUAAGCGUCGAUCCCGGACAUGCAGUAUGGGAUCCGUCUAAGAUGUUGAACGAUGUGCAGUCAGCCCUAGCCUGCUGCGGAUGUCUUCUUACUGUCGAUGAGGAAGAGUCGACUGUCCGAGUCAUACAUCACAGCGUCAAGCAAUACAUUCUUCAUGGUCUUGACGACGUGAAGUACAUGGGUUUCUCUGUUGGAAGAGCACACGGAACGUUGGCGGAUAUCAUUGUUACCUAUCUUGGGUACGGUGUUUUCGAAACCCAACUUGAGAGAAACCAUGCCCAUCCGAUCUUAGCACAAGCAGUGCCGUCUACGGUCAUGCGAAACACCGUGGGCGGCUCGAGCUCCGCUCGGCAACUUGCUAUGAAGCUUCUCAAGUCCAAGAAGCAACCCGCAUUUGACUUGAGCAAGACGGUUGCUGAAGCUCGUGGUCAUUCGUACUCUGAGCCCCAGGACGGAUUCAAGUUCUUUGGUUAUGCGAAUACCAAUUGGCAGAAUCAUAUUCCAUACGUUACAAGUCGAGCUGAUGCUAUCUGCGAACUUGCAACUACACUGAUUCGGAGUCGAUAUCCAGAGCUGGAAACGACGAAUGCAGAUUCUGAUUUGUAUUGGAGCUUCGCUGCCACCACGCAUCAAGAUACAAGAAUUCUCGAAUUGCUGAUGCUGCAAUCUCAGAAGAUGAAGCUGUGUGCACAAAAGACAUUGGUGUUGCUAGUGAGAACCGGAGACAAGGACACUAUCAAAGUACUACUGAACGCUGGCGUUGAUGCAAAUAGCAAUCGCGACGGAGCACCUCCGAUAAUCGUUCUGGCAGCGAGCAAUGGAGACAGUAUCAUGAUUAAGUUCCUACUCAGUUUCAGUACGGUUGACGUCAAUGCCGGCGACUGGUUCGGGGAUACCGCAGUGAAAAAGGCCGUAGAGGUGGAAAACGAACACAUCAUCAAGCUACUUCUCAGCUCUGACAGGAUAGAUGUCAACGUGAAGAACAAUAUCGGGAACACUGUAUUACUGCAGGCCAUAGACACUGGAAAUGCGGGCAUUAUUAAGCUAUUGAUCAACGACGAUAAGAUUGACGUCAACGCGCAAAGCAAUUCUGGGAGUACAGCACUACUCAAAGCUGUGAAAUAUGGAGAUGAGAAGAUCGUCAGACUGCUACUGGGUAUCCGCAACAUUGACGUCAAUGCGAGAGACAUAGACGGGAAGACUGCAUUAAUGCACGCGACGUGUAAGAGGAACAAGGACAUGAUGAAGCUGCUGCUUGGAAGCAAGAGCGUCGAUGUUAAUAUCAAGGAUGAUACUGGAAGAACGGCGUUACUAGAUGCAGCAAGUAAAGGAUACAGCGACGUAGUCAAGCUGAUGCUGACAAGCAAAAACAUCGAAGUCAACACAGCGGACAAUACAGGGUGGACGCCACUGAUGUAUGCAGCAUUCCACGGAAAGAUAGAAGUGGUCCGGCUGCUUCUUACUAGUCGCAAGAUAGACGUCAAUGUGAAGGGGCAAUAUCACGUUACGGCGUUGACUUUAGCGGUAAGCAAGAGUCAUCAAGAUGUUGUUGAGCUGCUGGUACUUUCACGCCACUAG